CCGGGCACACGUCAAGUCAAGCUCUACUCGCAGGGACUACAACUCGAGAAGAAACUCGACAGCAUCAUGAUGUCGAUGCCUCCUUGGUCGCCAUCGAAGGAGCUGCAGACCAACAUCAGCCACUAUGCUGUCGCCGUCAUGCUCUCGAGCAAGAUCAGUGCGUAUAAAGGUCAAACCCCUGUUAACCAUGUGUUGGAUAUCAUACGCAUUUUGCGGUUCGACAUACCGACUGGGAUUGAGCGUAAUGCUGCUAACUGGAAGAAGAUCGUUAAGGCGGUGUCGGACGCCUUCACCGCGAUUCGAGCUGCAUUCAAGAAAUUGCUUCGUUUGAGCACCAUAGGCAUUACCCCCUCAAACCACCAGACCAUCUAUAAGCUCACGAUGGUAUUGAUCAAGAAUACUAAGUGCGAGGCCAGCGUUCCGCUAUGUGCCCGUGUUGCUCUCAUGCGUGCGGUGUACAUGGUCCGUGAGAAUCGUGGUCCGCAUUUCUGGGACCGAAUCGAUGAUGAGCUCGCGGCGCUGCGCAAAAAGGCCGCUGGCAAUGAACGCAAGUGGAUCAAGGGCUUGCGCCACGUUCUCGACAAGGAUCGCAAGAAGCAUGGACAGGACGAUCAUGAGGUUGACGACCUUGAGGAUGAGGUGGAUGAACUGCAGCAGGAGGUCGACGAUAUCUUAGAAGGUCGCUCGCAUGCUAUCAGCAAUGCGAGUGCUGCUGUCAUAGAUAGUGCUCCGGCCUGA